GAAGCUUAUGGCAAGUCAACAAAACUUCUCCAAAAGUUUGCUAUAAAGGUUUUAAGCCUUACUUGCAGUUCUUCUGGUUGUGAACGAAAUUGGAGCGUGUUUGAGCAUCUUCAUAACAAGAAAAGAAAUAGGCUCGCUCAAACAACUUUGAAUGAUUUAGUGUUCAUCAAAUAUAAUAGAGCAUUGAAGCGUCGAUAUAAUAUGCGUGACACUCUUGAUCCCAUUUUACUCGAUGACAUUGAUGAGAGCAACGAGUGGUUAACGGGGAGGAUGGAUGAUUCUGAUGCAGAACAUGAUCUAGUCUAUGAAGAUGAUUCCUUGACAUGGGGUGAUGUUGCUAAUUUUGCUGGUAUUGGAGAGGCUAGCAGGCCGCAACGGUCUACUAGAUCAAAAUCUAGUUCUAGUUCACGGUUACCAACAAAGGGAGCAGGAAGUUCUUCAGUUCGACUUGUGGAUGAGGAUGAGGAUGAGGAUGAUUCAGAUGAGAUAGAAGAGGAUCCUGAGAAUUAUGAAUCAUUUAGUGACGAUCAAAAUGAUGUUAUGCUUAUUGAUGACGAGGAUGAUAUUUAGAUUCAUUGGUGUUGUCUUCUUAGGAAGAAAUGAUGUUUAUGUUUGUUUUAGUUUUAUUUUAUACUUCUCCUUAGUUGACUUUCGCAUCUUUAUGUUAAUAUGUUUGAUUAUUCACUGUUUUGAACUCAAGUACUUGAUUUAAUUAGUUUUGGCAUCUUUAUGUUGAA